GGAUGGAAGGCAUGAGUGGACAUGUGAGUGUGUUUGGAUUUCCAUGUAACAUCGACUUCAUUUAAAAUAACAAACAACAACUUAGAGAGAUCUGUCAGUACAUCACAGCAGUCAUGGGCAAAAAAGGCAAGAAAGAGAAGAAGGUGAAGGGAGCGGAGAAGACAGCUGCCAAGAUGGAGAAAAAGGUUUCAAAGAGGUCCAAACGAGAAGAGGAGGAUUUGGAGGCUCUGAUUGCCGAGUUUCAGAAUCUGGAUGCAAAGAAGACCCAAGUUGUAGAGUCAACAUGUCCACCUCCAUCACCAAGAUUGAGUGCGUCUCUGUCUGCCCAUCCUGAGAAAGAUGAACUCAUUCUGUUUGGAGGAGAAUUCUUCAACGGCAAGAAGACGUACCUCUACAACGAUCUGUUUUUCUACAACACCAAGAAGAACAGCUGGAUUAAAUCAGAGAUCCCCAACCCUCCUCCCCCACGCUGCUCUCACCAGGCCGUGGUGGUUCCCCAGGGUGGGGGUCAGCUCUGGGUGUUUGGGGGAGAGUUUGCCUCUCCAAAUGGGGAACAGUUCUACCACUACAAGGACCUUUGGGUGCUACACUUGGCUACACACACAUGGGAGAACAUCAAGGCGCCUGGUGGUCCGUCAGGUCGCAGUGGCCACCGGAUGGUCCUGAGCAAGAAACAGCUGCUGGUGUUUGGAGGUUUCCAUGAGAGCAACAGGGAUUUUAUCUACUACAAUGACAUCCACUCCUUCUCCCUGGACUCCUUCUCCUGGUCACGCCUCACUCCAUCAGGCACCGCCCCCCCCCCACGCUCCGCCUGCCUGAUGACCGCCACGCCAGACGGCAUGGGUGUCAUCGUCUACGGGGGAUACUCUAAAGUGAGAGUCAAGAAGGAUGUGGAGAAGGGGACCAUUCACACUGACAUGUUUCUUCUCAAGCGAGAGGGUAAAGAUGGCCAAGAGAAGUGGUCCUGGUCCAGGGUGAGCCCCUCUGGGAACAAGCCCGUUCUUCGCUCUGGUUUUUCCAUGGCAGCGGGCCCAGCGGGGCGGGCGGUGCUGUUUGGUGGGGUUUGUGAUGAGGAAGAGGAGGAGACACUGGAGGGCGACUUCUACAACGACCUCUAUCUGUACGACACAGUGAAGAACCGCUGGUUCCCCGGCCUGCUCAAGGGAAAUAAAUCAGAGAAGAAGAAAAGAAGAAGGGGGAAGAAGGGUGGAGCAGAGAGGGAGGCAACAGCGAAGGAGGGGGAGGAGGAGGAGGAGGGGGCACCUUUAGGACCCACCGAGGUCAUCAAGGAGAUCGUCACUGAGGACGGCACAGUGAUGACCAUCAAGGAAGUGAUCCCUGGGGCUCAGGAGGAGGACGAGGAGGAGGAGGACGAGGAAGAGGAGGAGGAGGAGGAUGCCUCCGCACCUCUGGUGGAGCCCUGCGCAAGGUCCAGUGCCAUGGCAACAGUGCGUCAGGGAAAGCUCUUUCUGUACGGAGGGAUGUUCGAGGUCGGCGACCGCCAGUUCACCCUGAAUGACUUCUACUGUCUGGACCUGAACAAGAUGGACCAGUGGGAGGUUCUGGUUGAAAUGGACCCGAAGACACAGGAGUGGCUGGAAGAGUCUGAAUCAGAGGAAGAUGAGGAGGAGGAGGAGGAGGAGGAGGCAGCGAAAGGAGCAGAAGGAGAGGAAGAGGAGGAGGAGUCUGAAGAGGAAAGCGAGGAGGAGGAAGAUGAAGAGGAGCACCCUGCAGUGAAAGAGGGAGAGACGGUGACGGAUUAUCAGAGCCGUACAGAGCAAUACUGGACAGGCCUGGCACGCACCAACAUGGGCCCCGACGCCAAGGACAAAAAGGUUGCCAAGGUUGCCCUCGCCAUGGCUAAAGUCUUCUUCGAAGACCAAUAGUGGGAUACGCCAAACUGUUUGAGUGUGUGUGUGUGUGUGUGUGUGUGUGUGUGUGCGUGCGUGUGCGUGUCCGUGUGUGUUAAAUUGUUUUUUUUUGUAACUACCUUUCAUAAAACAAACAAUCAUUCAAGAUUAAAACUGAAAACAAAAACACUUUCUUGUCUCCCACCCAUCAAUUGAAUCAGAAUACAUGUGCAUAUACCAUCACAUUAGAUGCUGGUUGUGGAUGUUGAUCAUAACAGUUUUCAUUCAUUUUCAAUAAAUUAACUCUGUACUGUAA